CUUGAUAGCAUUGAAUAAACAGUUGUAAUUUUCCUUCGAAAAUGACUGUCUAUGAUUUAUGAGAGGGGUCUUGUGAUUAAAUGUUUGAUUUUUUGGCUCAUUCAUAAACAUACUGUUCUAAAUAUCUGUCGUCUAGGCCUAUCUUGAAAUCAGACAGACUUUGAGAAAAUGUUCAUGUAAUCUCUUCCAAUCAUGGAUUCUUCAACACCAAGUAUGACUGUUAAUCACCAAAGGUUGAGACUUCCAUUCCAGGGGAUACGAUUCUUGAAAUCCACGUUAAAAGAUGGCAGGUCUUUCGAAGAACAAAGCCCUCAAGAGUUUGCAGGAGAGGGGAGCACUGUUGUCGCUGGAAGAGAGGCUAGGGAUUUUUACGAGAGUGUCAUAUCUAUGAAAUGCUCAGCUGAUACAUCAUGCCCUUCGUCUUCUGGACAGUCCAAUUCCGAAAAAAGUGACCUUCAAUCGUUUCGGGAAAGGAGGAAAACAAGUGCGAGUAAAUCUUCAAGGCCCGCAGGUAGUCAUAGACAAUCUGAACGGGUUCACAUGAGAAAUGUCAAUAAUUUCCUGCGCUAUGCACAGGAGGGUGACGUGAAAGGUUUGUCAUCACUUCUUGAGGAAGGCCUUGUCGGCAUGGAUGUGGUGGAUGGUUUCAACUGGACAGCCUUAAUGUGUGCCAGCUACAACGGCCAUUCAGAUGCUGUACAGUUCCUCCUUAGGAAAUGGGCAUCAUGGGAACGCCAUCGGGACAAGAGCGGCCGAACUGCAUUAGACCUUGCCAAGAUGGCCGGUCAUGUUGACAUCGUCAGGAUGCUACAGGGUCAUCAUCUGACCCCUGAGCAUCAGCAAGAGGAGCGGGCGUCAAGAAAGAAGCAGGAAAAAAGCUUCUGGUGUGAGGUUUGCAAAGUUGAGUUUCGGGAAUCCAGCAGACGUGAGCACCGGUCCUGCACCGUGCAUCUGUUUAACUGCCAGCACAAGCCGCCGUCUACCCUGUACUACAUCCCCGAGAGCAACGUGGGAUUCCAGAUGAUGAUGCAAGAUGGAUGGGACAAGGAGCAAGGACUGGGUCCGGACGGGGCUGGACUCAAGUUCCCCGUCAAGACCGUUCUGAAGCGAGAUCGCAAGGGAUUGGGGGCAGCUGAUAAGAAAGACGAGGCAGCCAAAGCAAGGAUCACGCACUUCAAACCAUAUGACGUCAAGGCUGUGAAGAGACCUGCUCAACCCAAGGAGAAGAAAAUGAGGACUACCACCCUGGAUAAAAAGGCUAGACAAAAGUUGAAGAAGAAUGAACGAAACUGGGAGAGAGACUUCAGACAGUCCUUUAAUAUGUUGUGAUUUGGAAAGAAUAUUUGUUUUCUUUAUGGGUGCGUUCGUUAAGCUCACCCGGGUCGACACGGGUCAGUCCCGUGCCGUUCGAUUAGCUCUGACGUCAUUCUUGGGGCUCACCCGGGUCAGCCGCCACAGACCCUGCUCAUGGAGCAGAAUCGCAGGUGGAAGUAUGUCACGCAUGCUUUGUUCAUUCCCUAGAAACGGACAAAUAUGGCAGCGGGACAGCUGAAAUCUCAAGUGGACUUAAAAGUUAAAUUUAUUUGAAGUCUAAAGGUAAUCAUUUAUUGAGUUUAUUGCGAAUUUUGAGGCUAUAAUGAGUUUUGCAAUUGACUAAAAAACAGUUUAUCUCAAACUAAGACCCAAUCCAAAACGGGCAUUACGUCAAUGGCUAGACCACGGCUAAGGGAAUCACGUGAAAAUCGCGAUGGCCCGCGGUUGAACGUUUGAUUAGCCCAGCUGUCGUGGCCAACCCGUCUGCCAUACCCCAUGUCGACCCGGGUGAGCUAAACCAAUGCACCCAAUGAUUUCUUGCAUUAUGGCUGUUAUACAUGUACAUGUAAAAUUGUCAUUAACUCAUUUUUGAUAGGGUUACCAUCUUAAACAUUAAACAACACCCAACAAAUUUUCCUCUAAGUAAGAGCAGAGCAAAAGCACACCAAUUUUUUUGAAAGAGACUACACAUAUUUAGGACACUGACAAUGUGACCUUGUUGAAAAGUAUGACUGGACAUUUCUUGGAUUUGUGUACUGGGCAAUUCCCCUUAAUUCCUCAUUUUAAUACAAUGCUUGUUUGCUUGGUUGCCUGGUUGAUGUUUGACACCUUCGUACUUUAGGUAUUAUUUUCUAAGUGACUAUUUUUAUGUACAUGUAUAUCAAGUGCCCCUAGGCAUUGGGUUGGAAUUAUCAGUAAAAAAAACCCCACUGAGCGUCAAGCAGGAUUCUAGAACAAAUUGUCUGUGGAGUCAUCAAGAUUUAAGGAUCCUUUUUUUGGUUGUUGCUAAAACGGCUUAAAGAGUAAGGAAAUGGUGUAGAAUGUGGGAAAAUGGUGAACCGAUUCUAUCAGUUUCUUUGGGAAAUAUUUUAAAAUUAUGUCUCUUCCCAUGCUAAUGUCAAAGUGCAUAAUACACAUAUAGACUGGCAAUGAGGUCACUAGUGCACGUCUAUGGCCCCGAGGGACCGUGAGUGACCAGGAAAGAGUCAGAAAAUAGGACCCUCUUCUGGUCACUCACAGGCCCAAGGGGGGCAUGGACGUGCACUAGUGACCGAAUUAUGCCAGUCCAUGUGUGUUUUAUAACUAACCUCUGUCCAAAAUCUAAAUUAUUCUAAAAUGAGAAAAGAAACCUUUCAGGGUUUUAUUAUGAAACUGUUUUAAUUCAACAAUUAACUCAUAAGCAAUUCAGCUGUCGGCAAUUCAACAA